AUGGGUUCAAUCUCCACAAAGGGAAAGUCCUUCCCACCAGGCAUCCACGUUCCUUCUUUGACAUGGUUCAAGAAUGAUGCAGAGCAAGAGGUCGACUGGGACCAACAGAGUCGCCAUAUUGAGUUCCUGGUUAACUCUGGCCUUGAUGGCAGAACAAACGGAGAGGCAGUCACACUUUCAGCAGCCGAGAAGUCACGACUAGUCCGAACGACGCGCGAGAUUGCAACCUCUUGUGGCCGCCCCGAUAUUACAAUCACAAUGGGAACCUCGUCACAGACAACAAGAGACGCCAUCAACGAGACAAAACUUGCCAAGGAGGCGGGUGCUGACUUUGUGCUCGUUCUGACACCCAGCUACUUCCACUUCGCCAUGACGCAAGAUGCUAUUGUUGCAUUCUUCGAAGAGCUCGCGGAUGCUAGUCCUGUUCCUGUUGUCAUUUAUAACUUCCCUGGCGUUGUAGCUGGUCUCGACGUCAACUCGGAAAUGCUGGAGCGUCUGGCCAAGCACCCCAACAUUGUCGGCGUGAAGCUUACAUGUGGUGGUAUCGCAAAGGUCGCCCGUGUCGCAGCCCAAUACAAGCCAGAGGAGUUUACUGCCCUCGCCGGCCAGAGUGACUGGCUUGUCCCUGCGCUAUCUGUCGGUGCCACAGGCGCAGUCACAGGCGUUGCAAACUUAUACCCCAAGACUUGCCUGCAAAUCUUUGACUUGUACAUGGCUGGCAAGACAAAGGAGGCCGAGGCUGCGCAGCUCGAGCUGGCCAAGAUGGAAUGGGGAUUUGCCAAGGGCGGUAUCAAUGGUACCAAGUGGAUUGUGGCCAAGCUUCUGGGAUACCCCGCAGAUAGCUGCCACUGCAGGAAGCCUUACCCUCAGUAUGUUGAUGAGAGUAAACAGGAGUGGAUUCACAGUGUUGUUGAGCCUCUUUCGGCCGUUGAGAAGAGUCUCGGCAAGAGGGGCGCUGGUAUCUAG